AUGAAGAAAAGUGGAGAUCUCAAACUUGCACAUGAAGAUCCAAUAUCACAACUCCAAGCUGUGGAAGUUGACAGGAUCAGUGCACUACCGGAUGAGAUUCUCUGUCACAUACUCUCUUCCCUUAUCCCGUUAUAUUCUGUCCGGACCACCGUUUUGUCUAAGAGAUGGAACAACUUGUGGACUGGUUGUAUUACCAACCUUGAUUUCAACAUGUAUGAUUUCCGUUCAUCAUGGAGUAACUAUCGCAUUUUCGUCAGGUUCGUUGAUCGGGUGUUGGCCUUACGCGACUCCUCAAAAGACAUCACAAGAUUUCGGGUUGCCUGGGCGUGUUGUGAAGAUUUCUCUAUUAUUGAUCGAUGGAUACAGGUCGCCGUCGAGGCUAAUGUUGUUGAGCUUGAUGUUGAAUUUUGUGUGGAAUGUUGUGAUGGACCUAGCUAUGUGUAUCCUUUCGAAAUGCCUCGAUGUGUUUAUACCUGCAAAUCACUGGUGUCUUUGAAGGUGAAGUCAGAUUAUCUUACAUAUUAUUCUCUUCCUAAGACAGGUUGUUGUUUCCCAAAUCUCAAGUUCCUUCAUUAUAUUUCUGGUUAUGAUUCCGACCGUGCCUCCGGGGAAAAUCUUUUCCGCAGCUGCCCUGUACUCGAAGAGUUGACUAUAGAAGCACAUCAUAAGAAACGUGUUUUAAAUUUUAAUAUCUCUGCACCUGAAUUGAGGACACUAACCAGCAUCAUUACACAAGAAGGUUAUGAAGAACAUGAAUGUGAUUCAGAUUCUGAAGAAGAGGCCGCUGGAGAAGAAGAGUCGAGGAAAGAACCAUGCAAUUUCUUUAUCAAUGCCCCAAAACUUGAAAACCUUUGUGUUAAGGGAGAGGUUCUGUCAAAGUAUAUUUGGGAGAACUCAAACUCCUUAGUUCAAGCCAAAGUUCAACUGCAAGAGUUCCAUGAAACUUCGGCUGACCUUGUUGCUGAGUUAUUCGACAGAAUUUCUAGCGUCAGAUAUAUGACCAUUUCUGCUCCUAAUUUUGAACCUGAACCUUGUUUGCCCCAAGCUUUUAGUAAAUUGAUCAAGCUAGAGCUGGUUUUUUAUGAACGGCCCUGCUGGAAAUGGCUAGAUGAGGUUCUUAACAUAUCGCCUAAUCUAGAAUCUCUUGUCUUGGACUUUGCAGAGAUAGGAGGAGAUUCCUUCCAACCACCAGAGUUUGUGCCUACUUACAGGAAAUGGGAGGUGUUUAACACAUCGCCUAGUCUAGAAUCUGUUGUCAUAGACUUUGCAAAGAUAGGACAUUCCUUCCAACCACCGGAGUUUGUGCCCUCUUGUUUGUCUUCACAGCUCAAGACUAUCUCCAUAAAGGGAUUCAAAGGAACACCGAAUGAGAUUAACGUGGCAAAGUAUUUGUUAAGCUAUGGUGAAGUUCUACAAAGGUGA